GGUUCCUGGUUGGUACAGACUGUCUGUUCACUCUUCUUGCUCGUCAUCAGAGAUCUCUGUGCAGCCAACAGGUGAACAGCAGAGAACCAAUAAGCUGCUGUCAAGCUGUUACCAUGGCAAUGAACAAAUCCAAAUAUGAAGACAUCAUUUCCAAAAGUGUUCUGAUCCAAUCAGGACCUCCUGCUGUCUACCACCUGAGACCAAAGAAAGAGAACAUUGGAUCUCUAAGAAGAAUGACUUUUGGUGAAAGAAAUGUGAACAAGAUAAACAAAACCAUCUUGCUUGUGGGUGAAACAGGAACAGGAAAAUCUACUCUGAUCAAUGCUCUGGUCAACUACGCCAUGGGAGUGAAGUGGGAGGACGAUGUCUGGUUUCACAUCGUAGAGGAGGAGAAGAAGAAAGAGGAUGGGGAGAACGAGGACGAGGAAAGAAGCCAAGCAGAGAGUCAGAUAUCAGAUGUGAUCGUGUACCAGAUCUUUGGUUUUGAAGGUGAAACUCUGCCCUACUCUCUGACCAUCAUCGAUACUCCUGGAUACGGAGACAUCAGAGGGAUCAAACAUGAUGACAUCAUCAGUGAAAGAUUAUUAGACUGGUUCCGCUCAGGAGAAGUUCAUGAGAUGAAUGCAGUGGGUCUGGUGCUGACAGCGAGUGUGAAUCGACUGAAUGACCGACUGAGGUACAUCUUUGAUUCAGUGGUGUCUCUGUUUGGAAAAGACAUGGAGAAGAACAUUGUUGCUCUCAUCACACACUCAGAUGGUCUGACACCUGAAAAUGUUCUGAAAGCUCUCAAGACUGGAAAAAUUAAAUGUGCCAGAAAUGAAAAGAAUCAGCCUGUUUACUUCCUGUUUAAUAACCGUCUGGAUAAAGACAGAACAGAGGACACAGAAGCCCUUCAACAUGCAGAUAAAAUAACAACCAGAGGAAUGAGACAGUUCACAGAGUUUCUGGAAAAAACUGCACCUCAGAAUCUGAUGACAACUGUUGAAGUGUUGAAUUCACGAAUCAGACUGACAGCCUGCAUCCAAAACCUGAAAGAGAGAGUUGAGUUCACUGAACUAAAACAGAGAGAAAACCAACAGACUCAGGAAGCUCUGAAGAAACAUGAAGAAGAGAUGAAGAGAAAUGAAGAAUUCACUGUAGAAGUUCAUAUGAGAGAGAAAAGAAGUAAAACUGGCUGUGAGGAGACAACAAGCUUUUUGGAAACUUUAGAAAAGCAAAUGAAAGAACUUCAGAAAGAUAAAGAUCACUUGUUGGAAAAGUCCUUUGAACAUGUUGUCAGACUGGAUCAGAUCGCCCUGAAUGUUAUCUCACUGUCCACUCAAGUCCACUUGGACUUCCUGAUUGAGAAGAUGAAGGAGAAAGGAGACGCAGAGAAGGUCCAGAAACUGGAGGAGAUGAAAAGUCGAGUAGAAAAGAUGAUGGAGUCAUGGCAGCUCUGCGGAACAUGUUUGCUAAACUAACAGCAGCUGGUAAAGCUGGUAAAGCAGCAGUGAAGUAGCAGGUGAACACCAUCAGUGUGAGCAGCAGCUGUGUAGAAAACAAGCUCUACACUGUUGAUCCAGAUGUUUAAACAUCACAAAAGCUUUUUCAUUCUAGUUCUAUGAAGUGUGAUGAUGAUGUCAUAAGUUCAUGAGGAAAUUCAAAUGUAAUCACCUUUUAAAUGUCAGAUGUGUACUUCCUGGAAACAGCGCCCUCUGUGGUGUGGAAUGACUGCUGCUCUUCUUGUACUUCCAUGUUUGCUCACCAAUAGUGAGUUCAGUGUGCAGAUUAUCAUCAGUGCUGAAUCAUGGCAG